UGUGGAGCAGGGGCAGCAGCCUCGACCCAGCUACGAUGACGGGGAAGGUUCCCUCGUUCUCCCCGGGCUCCACAGUGAGUUCUGCUCUGCCUGGCUACGUCACUCUCUGCCUCGCCCUACAGGUUCUCAGGCUGGUGUCAGCACAGUUCACAGUGAUUGGACCUGACCGUCCAGUCACUGCCUCCCUAGGAGGUGAGGCCGUCCUGCCCUGCCACCUCUCCCCCAGGAUGAGCGCUCAGAACAUGGAGGUGAGAUGGUUCCGAUCCCAGUUCUCUGCAGUGGUGCACCUGUACCGCGAUGGGCAGGAUCAGUAUGCAGAGCAGAUGUUGGAAUAUCGAGGAAGAACUGAGCUCUUGAGGGACGACAUCACCAAUGGGAGAGUUUCCCUGAGAAUACGCGAUAUCCAGCUCUCCGACAAGGGACAGUACACGUGCUUUUUUCAGUCCAGUGUCACUUAUGAAGAAGCUUUAUUGGAACUGCAGGUGGCAGGUUUGGGCUCUGAUCCUAACAUCUCUGUGGAGGGACAUCAGGACAGAGGGAUCAGGGUGGUGUGUCGAUCAUCCGGAUGGUACCCAGAGCCUGAGGCUCAGUGGAGAGAUCUCCAGGGGCAGCUCUUACCAUCAGCCUCUGAAAACAUAUUCCAAGAGGCCGGUGGCCUGUUUCACACAGAGAUUGCCAUUGUUCUAAGAGAAGAGUCCAACCAGAAAGUGUCCUGCUGUGUCAGGAACCCCCGACUCAACCAGGAGAGAUCAAUGGCACUUUCUCUUGCAGAGCUGUUUUUCCCAAGAGUCAAUCCCUGGAAGGUGGGUCUGGGUCUGAUCCUGCCUCUCCUGGCUCUUCUCAUUGUCCUGGCUGGUUACUGCUUCUGGAGGCAACACAGAGCGAAAGACAAACUCCAGGCUGAGCUCAGGUGGAGAAGCGCCCAGAUCUACGCAGUGGACGUGACUCUGGAUCCCAACACGGCUCAUCCCAACCUCGUUCUCUCUGAGGAUCAGAAAACUGUGACAUACGAUGAAAGACGACAGGAUCUGCCUGACAACCCUGAGAGAUUUAAUACUUAUCCCACUGUCCUGGGCGCAAACAGAUUCACAGGCGGGAGGUUUUACUGGGAGGUGGAGGUGGGAGACAAAACGAAUUGGACUGUGGGGGUUUGUAGGGAAUCUGUGAUCAGGACAGGGAAGGUCAGACUCACUCCUGGGAAUGGACACUGGGCUGUGUGGCUGAGGGAUGGGAAAUACGAGGCCUGCACCUCCUCCCCCAGGACCCCCCUCUCUGUGAGCGUCAGCCCCAGCCGGGUGGGGGUUUUCCUGGACUAUGAGGGGGGCGAGGUCUCGUUUUACAAUGUGACUGACAGGUCCCAUCUCUUCACUUUCACUGACACCUUCUCAGGGACGCUCCACCCUUAUUUCUAUCCUGGUUACAAAGAAGAGGGUAAAAACGCAGCUCCUCUGACAAUCUGCCCUGUCCCGGCUCAGGCUGGAGGGAAUCUCUGUUCCUGACAGUGACCUUGCAGCAGAAACUGUCCCCUCCCAGUGUUGACCAGUCUCCAGGCAUGUUCCCAUGGGGCUGGUACAAAGGGUAUCACCUGCCUGUCCCCCCAUAUACUUAGAAAAUGAAAACCAGCAGGAUUUUAUUUAGGGGAUAAGGCAAUAUGCUGUGUUUAUUGUGACUCUAGAAAUAAUUAGAGUACAUAGUCAGUUAUAGCUAUAACAUUUUAUUUAAUUGUAUAUUUAUUUUUAUACAUACAUAAGUUUU